CGCGUCACGUGACGUUAUUUCCAAAAUGGCGAAAAACGUAGAAAAAAGAGAUGAAAUAUCGAAAAUAUUUUGCUAUUCUUAGAUAAUCUGGGUUUGAUUUAACAUUCUAUAUGUGUAGAUAUGAACACCGAGAAUGUAAAAUCGAAACAAACGAGAAAGAAAUUUGAUACAACAUGGGCUGAAGCAGCGAAAAUUGUCCUGGAGAAGCAUCCACAAACUCCUAUGAGCUACAAGGAAAUACUGAAAGAAAUCCAAGAAUGUAACCUUAAAGAUGCAAGUGAAGCAGUUCCUGUUGCCUGUCUGAAUUCGUGUUUACAUGCCAAUGCCAGAGGUCCCUCAAAUAUUUUCUACAAGGUAGCAGGUCACAUUGGAAUGUAUGGUCUAAUGAGUGACUUGCCGGGUGGCUCAGAGAUUAUAGAGAUAGAGGAAGAUACUGGAGUGAGUGUUGGAGGUUUGGGAAACACAGUUGGGGAUGGUCCUUUAAACAAUACUAAACAAAAGGUGAUAUAUGCAAAGAUACCUGAUACAGUGAAGACAAUACCCCCACUAGGUACGGGUGUGGAGCAGAAUGGAGUUCCAAUCCCCAGUGUGAUCUCCAUUCCUACCUCUAACAUACAGAUGCCCAAGGUGGAUACUCCAACACGAAGAAGUGUACGACAGGCCCAAAGGAAAAAAAGAAAACAUGGUUUUAUACCGAAGAUAACUAUUAAACCUAUUGUUCCACCAAAGCAUGAAGAAGGUAAAUCAUCGGGUGGAGCUACCCAAGUGCGGUAUGUGGCAACAACGUCAAGACCGGUAACAAAAAUACAACUGAAUAAUCAUAAAGACUCGAGUAGUGUGAAGGUCAGUGUAGAUGGUACCCAGACAGGGUUACGGAGACCAGCUAGUCAAACAGGGGCAAUCACUAAUGGUGAACCCAGAAAGAAAACACUAAGAGAGAUGUUGGCAGGUAUUCCUGGCUUUAGUAUGAAGCCAAGAAAGCGUACCAACAAGAAGUUGAGUCAUGCCGCCCAGAUAGCACAAACCAUGGAGGGAUGUAUAGAUCUGGAAACUCCCGACUCCAUUCUUGUCAACACCAAUCUCAAGGGUUUGUUGACAAAGCAUACAUUCUCCUCUCUGCCAGCAAACUAUCAGUACAAACUGAUCACCUUGUUACCUGAAUGUGAUAGAAUUGUUGGAAAGGACAGUGCACUACGGUUGAGUAGUACAGCCCUGAACAAUGAGUUCUUUGCUAAAGCAUGUACAGAAUGGAGAGAAAGACUCUCAGAAGCUGAGUUUACACCAGAGAAUCAGCAAAGGUUGAAGCAGGAAGAGGAGAAAGAACAGUUUAAGUUGGAUCCUUGGAAGGCAAAGCAUUUUGAGCCUGUCUGGGGACAGAAAUGUAUUUCGGAUGUACCAAAGGCUGAUGAUAUUCACCAAUCUUCAAGUGGUGACUCACCGACCGUCACUUCGCAUCAUCCAGUUCGAGUAUCCUCGGUAAAGAAACCAACACUUGUAUCUACUAUGCUGAAACAGAGAUCUAUACAUCAGAAUGUUCAGGGCUACAGUAGUGCAAGUCACCUAGGAAAUCGCACCGAAACUGGACUUCUAAUGAAAUUACAAACAUCCAAAUCUCAAAAUAACAUAUCUGAACAAGGAAUUGUGCAAAGUAGUGCUGUAAAAAGACCUGUUGUAAACCAAGAAGGGGAUUGUAGUUCGUCAAUUAGUCCGCCAAAGCGGCAGAAAGUAGUCCUAACUCAGAAACAGAUACUAGCUCAGGCACAAGCAAAGACGUUAGCUCAGAUAAGAGCGCAAACGCAAGUAGCGCGUAUGCAGAAAUCAGAGGGUAAAAUGAUCGGAAAAGUUACGAGUAGUUACAUACCAUCGGUUGUUUCUCAGACGAUAUCUCCAGGAACUGAACCUCAUACCAAGCCUAUUGUUGUGAAUGUAUCAACACCUGUUUCAGGGUCCGGAUUGAGGUCACCGACUCGAACUCUUGCUCAAAUAAAAUCUCAGACACAGGCAGCAAAAGCAAAAGUUCAAGGUCAAACAAGAACGCUAGCUCAAAUUAAGGCUGAAACUAAAGCUCAUGUACAUAACGUUCAUCAGCAGCAAGUGGAGGCGCAAGCUAAACUUCAUGCACAUUUGUUAGCAAAGGCGAGGGGUGGUCACUCUCCUAAUGCACAGACUAUUGUUCGACCCCUUCAAAGUAUUGUUGUCCCUACACAAGGGAGACCCAAACAGACUAAAGUGCUAGAGUCAGAAAAAACUGCCGAUGGUGUGAAUUUGAAACGAUCUUUUGAAAUAUGUGAACAGGCAAAGAUCAUGAGUCAGAAAUAUUCAGUAUUGCCAACUGUGUCGUUGUUACAAAAACCGCAGGUUCAGACUGUUGUAAAAUCCACAGUGAGUUCAGCAAAGCCGAGUGUUAGUGAUAGUUUAUUUGGAUCAUAUUUAAAAGCUGAUAUUGCACAAGCUCAUAAAACUGUUUCACAGAUUUUACAAGAUAAAACUCUAGCCGAGCAAAAAAUACAAAAGUUUACUCAAGCUGUUACUAAUGCAAGAAUCAAAUCUGAAAAUGUAACGCAACCGAAAUUUGUAGGGGUAUCCGCUCCAGUGAUAAAAAUACCUCCUACCUCAGUUCAAAAUGUGCCUAUCCCUUCAAAUGUGCCAACCUCAACGUUGAACUCUUCAAAUGUAUCUUUUGUUGUAUUACCGCCCCCAACAGUGACCCAAGUGACGGGAAUUUCCCCGGCUGUGUUUAGUGUACCAUCGACACGUUAUGUGAUUAGUUCAACAGCAGCUGCUGCCCAGCAAAAUCUGUUACAGCAGCUCAUUCGCUCGGCCGCUGGUUCGCAAACGAAUGUACUCUCUCAGCAGCGCGCAGCUAGUGCUCCUCCUCAGCAAAAAGUAGUUACACGUGUGGCAACGCCGGUCACCACACUUGUUAGAUCUGCUAGUGUAGGAACAAGUGCUGGUUCACUAGAGGAGAUGGACAACGUUAGAGGAAAUGUUCCACAAAAAACUUCAGUGCCUAGUGAUAUUAUUGUGCAGAUACCUUCAGAACAAGUUAAUUUUUUAGCGAAAGCGGGCACUGCUCUCAUUCCAGGAGUAAACGGGUCUAAAUCGGGCUCACAGCAGAUUUUUUUGUCAUCAAGUGGAAGUCAAGUCGUAAUUUCACCUUCUGGAGGUGUGAUACACACUCCUGGUUUCAAUGGAAGUAGUGCCCAGACUGUCACAGUAAUUCCUGCAGUAACUGUAGAUAAAAAGGGUAAUCAAAUGGGGAACCAGUCUGCAAAAGAAAAUGUUUUAGUUGUCUCCCCUGAACAACCACCAAAUGGAAGUCUUAAAAGCACCACAGUGCAAUCUUCAAACACUGUGACAUUACAAGUUUCGAAAAGUGAAACAUCCCAGUCAAACUGUUCAUGUACUUUGAAGGGAAUGAAAACUUGCACAAAAUGUGGUGCGUUUUGUCAUGACGAUUGUAUUGGUCCAUCCAAACUCUGCGUGACUUGUCUAAUAGCUACAUGAGAUUAUUUAUUACAGUUGUAGAUUAUUUAGUUGUACAGUAAGGGAUUUGUGGGGGCAUUUGACGUAACAGUUGCAUAUUUUUGUUUUACUUCUAUACAUGUGUUUUCAUGUAGUUUUUUUAGUUGCAUUGAGGAAAGUUUUUCAAGUGAUGGCUACCAUUUAAUAUAUCAGACUUAAAGAGAAUACUUCUUUUUGUGUCACUUAAACUAAGUAAAGAACUAAAUAACCUUGUUAAGAACUAAUGUAUUAAAUUUUUUUUUCUCAAAGUAAUAAAAUAAAACCAACUUGGAACAUAGUAUCUAACAAUUGAAAAUCUUCCUAUAAGGUAGUUAAAUUUUUUUAAUAGUUUAUGUAAGUGGUGUACAAUAUCUGUUCAUUAUAACAGAAUAAUUAAAAUGUAAUUGUGUAAAUGAAAAAUCAGUCAGCAGUUUUUUGAGUUAGUAUCAAACUGAGAAAAGUAUAUACAUGUUUGAGGUACUUCGUAUCUGAUAGGUUACAUGUAUAUCGCCUUAUCCCAACACUGAAAUCUUUAAUUUUGUAGACAAGAAAUCUUGCUUUUUUGACCAAAAUGACUGUUUAGUAGGGAUUUGAAUUGAUGGAUUUCAAGAUUUAACCUUUACCCUGCUAUAUUUCUAAAAUGGACUGGUCCAUCAUUUAAUUUGAACAGUGCAGAUCAUGAUCAGCCUGCACCGAUGUGCGGGCUGAUCUUGGUCUGCACUGGUCGCAAAGGCAAAAUCUUUUGCCACCAGCAGGCUAAAGGUUAAAUGUAUGAAUUAAUUGGAAUUUAACUUGUUUGUUUUGAUGACUUAUUAUUUAGUUUAUUAAAUUAGUGUUACAGUAUCUGUCAAGUUCUGAUGACUGGGUAAACUAUAUAAACAUUUAUGUGACAAAGUAAUGAAUUAACCUUUACCCUACUAAAUUUCUAAAAUAGACUGGUCCUUCAUUCAAUUCGGACAGUACCACUUCUUAUUCAAAGGUAUUCACUGAAAAUUUACUGACUGAAAAGCAAACAGUGCAGGCCAAGACCAGCCUGCACAUCUGAUCACAAAGGCAAAAUUACUUGUUGGCAGCAGGUUAAAGGUUAAAAUACACAUUUCGUAGUUCUUCAUAUUACCACCAUCCAGAUAGAGAAGAAAUAAAACUGCCCGUCAUGAAUACAAGAUAACAUUACAUUUACAUUUCUGCUUCAAGUGGCUCAAAAAGGUUAAAUACAGCUUUCUUUAACAAGUUUCUUUAAAAAUGACUAAGUUGAUAUGAACAGUCAUCUUGAUGUCAGUUAUUGUAUCUGCAUAUUUUUUUUUGAAUACGCAGUGAGUGGACAGAAUAUAUUAUAUAAAGAUAGAUUUCAAGAAACUAACACUUGUUGAUGUAAUAUGUUGAAUCAGUAAUCAUGUAUUAGAUAACCAAUGUCCAAGGAUAUAAAAUGUUAAUUUAGAAACCAGUCACAAAAGUCCAGUCAUCUGAUUGGUUCAUUCCGAGUUCAGUUUUAAAAUUGACCAAUCGUUGGCCAGAUGGUAUUCAGAAUUUAGUCGUCAAACUCAUUUCUCUAACCUGUAGAUUAAGGUCUCAUUUUACUUCUCUCAUCUUGACUUUGGUUCAUUUUUAUCUCAACUAUUCGAAGAAUAGGAGAGCUAUCCUACUCGCCCCGGCGUCGGCGUGAGUGUCACACAAAUGUUAAAGUUUGCGUACCUGUAACCACCCCAAAUAUUUUCAAAGUCCAUUGAGAUAUGGCUUUCAUAUUUUGCAUACUUGUUUACCAUCAUGACCCCAGUUUGUAAAAAGGAGGAGGCAACUCUAUCAAGCAUUUUGACUGAAUUAUGGCCCCUUUUCGAUUUGGAAUAAAUGUUAAAGUUUGCAUACCACCCCAAAUAUUUUCAAAAUCCAUUGAGAUAUUGCUUUCAUAUUUUGCAUACUUGUUUACCAUCAUGACCUCAGUCUGUAAAAAGGAGGAGGCAACUCUAUCAAGCAUUUUGACUGAAUUGUGGCCCCUUUUCGACUUAGAAUAAAUGUUAAAGUUUGUGUACCACCCCAAAUAUUUUCAAAGGCCAUUGAGAUAUUGCUUUCAUAUUUUGCAUACUUGUUUACCAUCAUGACCCCAGUCUGUAAAAAGGAGGAGGCAACUCUAUCAAGCAUUUUGACAGAAUUAUGGCCCCUUUUCAACUCAGAAUAAAUGUUAAAGUUUGCGUACCACCCCAAAUAUUUUCAAAGUCCAUUGAGAUAUUGCUUUCAUAUUUUGCAUACUUGUUUACCAUCAUGACCCCAGUCUGUUAAAAGGAGGAGGCAACUCUAUCAAGCAUUUUGACUGAAUUAUGGCCCUUUUUCGACUUGGAAUAUGCCUAUUGUAAUGUUAAAGUUUUACUCAUUGCUUAUAUUAUACUAUCAAGCACUGAGAAUAGUCGAGCACCCUGUCCACUGACAGCUCUUGUAUGUACAUGAUGUACAGGACUUUGCUUCCAGUGGGCAAAUUUGUUAAAGCAGCCACCUUGUGACUUUUGAAGACAUGUACAUAAAAAAACACAAUGAAUUAUUAAUACAUUUUACAAUCAAACGUAAAGUUACCAAUGCAAGAUUGAAUAGUUUAUUGAAUGUGAUUUAUUUUUUAUAAAAGAAAUAUGCAAUUACAACUACUUCAUACAGAAUUUCAGAUGGUGCUUUAGGAGGGAUUUUUCAUUUCUGUGAAUCAUGAUUUCAUAUUUUCAUAAUUAUGUCAUAAUUUUCAUUGUACAUGAAAUCAUUGUGUAAUAGUGUGUUGAAAUUUUCAUCAUAAAGUUGGGGAAAUCUUCUCUUACUUUUUUCAAAAUGGAAAAAGUAUUUACAUGUUUACAUACAACAAUCAAAGCGAGAUUUUGGAAAAAUUUGUUUUUAUUUCGAUGUAAAUGAGAUGUGGAACCAAAAUUUGUAGUCCUGUUUGGCGCCAUAUAACCUAUACUGUGUUGGUGCGCCGUAAAACCCAAAUAAAUAAAUAGUACCUGUUGCAGUGGAUAAAAAGUCCAAAACUGUAUUCACUAAAAGACAUAAACCAAAUCAGCUUUUGAAUUUUCAAAAGGAAUACGUUAAUAAAAAAGACUUUGUGAAUUGAAACGUCAGUUUCCUAGAGAAUAAAAAUGAUAGUUCCAACAUACUGUUCUUUAACAGGCAAAUAUCUUAAGUCUCGGAAAAUCCUGAAAAUCUAUUUAAGGACAUUGAAACACCCUCAGAAAUGUUAGUGUUUCUUUAUCCAUUUCAUCUGGGUAUAAAGAAUUACAGCUAAUCAUGAAUAUUUAUAAAAAAAAAUUGUCUUAUAAAUGCUUGAACAAUUAUAUUUGAUAAACAUUUUGUUGGUUUGUGUCCGUAAUGAGUCUGAUAGGAAAAAUGAAUUAAAGCAAGUUUUUUUUUUCAGGACUAAUUGUUGUAGUUUAUACUUCUGUUUUAAGAAGUCAUAAUUUUUCCAGCAAUCGUUUUACAUUUUCAUAAAUGUUGCUGAGUGUUUUAGUAUUUUGUCAGCCUCUAACGUUUAAAGUCACUAAACAUUUGAUCAAAUUUGAAUAAUAAUUAAUACAUGAGCAAUUUACAAUAUUUAUCCAGAAUUUAGUCUGUUAUCUUGUAAUGGUUUUGCUACAGAAAUUGUGUACAACUAUGUUUGUGUGUUAGAUCCAUAAAUUUGUAAAAGCCGUGUGCAAAGUCAUCGUUUUUUUUCAGUAAAUUAUUACCAUCAAUGUUCAGUUUUAACAGACAGGGUAAUGUAGACCUACAAAAAGAAAAUAUUGUAAAGUUGUAGUGUUAUACCGGGGUAGUUACUUGAUGGUGAUUAGGUUUGUAUGAAAUAGUUAACAUGUUUCACAAAAAAGUUUGACUGUGACAUUUCUACUUCUGUUAGGUCUUUGUUUAGAACUGUGUUGACCAUCACCUUAAAACAUUAGCAUUGAAAUAAUGAAAAAAACACAGCAACCUGUCAAAACUGAUAAAUUUUGUAACUUCUUAUUUAAACCUUAAAUUUAACUUUUUACUUCAAGAUUUUAUUUAAUAUAUACUUAUUGCUUGCAUACCUAAUAAAAUUUGAUCCAAUUGACAGUGCCACCUGUUCGUUAAGUAUCAUUAUACACAAACCUACUUUUCUUUAAUCAUUAAGUUGCAAUGACUCGUGUUUUUACAUGCAUUAGUAUGCAUACAAUAUGUUUUGUUAACUGUCAUGAACUAUCGGUUCUAAGUUUACCAAAAAACAUCAGUAAAACAGCAGACAUUUCAGAUAUUGGACCUGUAAUGACAGUCAGAAAUUUAAAUGUGAUUACAUAUUCUCAUAGCUGUCAAGCUGGUCACAGAAGGUCAGUGGUUCUACUCAGGUGCUCACCCGUGAAGAAAUAAUGCACGGAGGGGCACCUGGAGACUUCCUUCAUUGUCAAAAGCUGGGAAAUCACCAAUUGACCUAUAAUUGUAUUGGUGUGAUGUUUAACCCAGUGAAAACAAAAAACAAAGCAUAUUCUCAUAAUAAAGCUGUUUUUGCAUCCUUCGGCCAUAACAGAAAAAUGUUGUUUUUUUCCUAACAAGUGAAGCGUGUCAAAAUCACAUAGGGAGGAUCGCGGAAUCGAACAGAAAUUGACAAUUUUCAUUAUGGGUCCACUACCUCAAACAGUUUUUCAGAAUUUUAGUACCUAUUUUAAUGUAUUUAGCUGCAUAAAUUUAAAGAUGAGAAUUUGGAUCUUCAGACUUUGCUUCUUACUUUUGUAAAAUGUUUAGUUGCACUACCAAACUGUGGUAUUUUCAGAGGAAAUUUUUUUCUCUUCUCAACAUUUUUAAAGCUGUUUUUGGUCAAAAUUUUUUAGAUUGCAUACUUUGAAGUCAUUUGAUUUUUAUUGCAUUGGCUUUUAUGGCAUGAAAUUUUGUUGAUACUGUCAUGGGGGACUUGAAUUAGUUCAUUUAAUUGAAUAUUAACUGUGAAAUACUGUAAUUAAAUUUUUCAUGUUUAUAGUUGAAAUGGCUAUUUCAUGGGGCUAUAAAUUGAUGGAUUUCAACUUAUGAAUAUUAAGUAAACGGGAAUUUUAUUUGUUCACAGACAUUUAGUUUUAUGGUUUGACUCGGUCACCAAAAUUAGUCUCCCGCCCAAACCACCCUAUCACAUUAAUGACUUCCCAGUAAACUGAUUGGCAAUUUUGUUUGUUUGGAUUGAAUUUAAUGGAAUUACAUGACCAUGAAGUCUGAAAGUUUCCUCAGGAAAAUUCCAAGCUUGAUAAGAUAAUAGCAGCAACUUUAUUUCCCUUUUUAGUAAUAAAAUAGCAAUAAAUUUCUAGUAGCAGCUAAGUUUGGUUUAGAUGAAUGUAAAUGCUUGGAUUUUGUCAUAAACUGCUCAGAAUACAGCAUUUAUUUAUUGUACAUCUUUUGCUUUAUUCUGAUUGCUUGCUUUAAUUCUGGUCAGUUUUUGAAAUACAUGUAUUUUGUUUGGGAGAAUGCUUUAAAAUGAUUUUCAUAUAUUUUUUCAUCUGGUUUUGUUGUCUUUUGUGUUCAUUCAUGUUGGAAAUGAAGACAAAUUAACAGAAUAAAAGCUGUUACACUUGAA